AUGCGGCUUCUCAACACCAAAACUCUCCAGAUCGAACAAUUCACCAACCAUGGUGGCUACAACAGUCUCCUGAAAAAGGGCAGCGACCUCAUUGGCAAGCGCGCAACUCCUCGUUAUGCUAUCCUCUCCCACACAUGGGGCGAAGGUGAAGUCAUCUUUCAGGAUAUGGAGAGCAAAAACCGCCCCGCAGCGAUGAAAAAGCGCGGGUGGAGGAAGCUUGAAGAUAGCUGCAGGCGGGCAGCGAAAGAUGGCUUCCAGUAUAUCUGGAUUGACACUUGCUGUAUUGAUAAGACUAGCUCCACAGAGUUGGCCGAGGCGAUUAAUUCCAUGUUCCAGUGGUAUAAGGAAUCAGAUCUUUGCUAUGCUUUCUUAGAAGAUUGCCAGGGUCCUUUGCCUUAUAGAACCGGCUCUUCAUCUUCUCCUCUACCUCGGUGGUAUACCAGAGGAUGGACGCUGCAAGAACUCAUUGCUCCAAAAGUCGUUCAUUUUUACUCAAUGGCAUGGAAGUUUCUCGGCACGAAAGAUGAUCACGCUAUCGAAAUCUCUCGUUUGACGGGCAUUGACACAUAUUCGCUUGGAGGCGGCGAUUUGUCACGCAUCAGCGUUGCGCGACGCAUGAGCUGGGUUGCCACUCGCCAGACAACUCGGAUGGAAGAUAUGGCCUACAGUGUUAUGGGAAUAUUCAACAUCUCCAUGCCGCUACUUUAUGGAGAAGGGUCAAAAGCCUUUGCGCGACUACAGAAGGAGAUUAUGAAGGGAACAGAUGAUCAGUCGCUGUUCGCGUGGAGUGAAAAUGACAGUGCUGGCUAUCGCAAUGCUGAAGAGAAGAACGGCCUUUUGGCUUAUUCUCCUCUGUCUUUUGCAUCAGCCGCAUCAGUUACCAGAUUCUACACCCCGCGACCUGGGCACCGGGAGAACUCCAUUGAAAGCCAGGGCUCCGUCGUCAACCUCCUCAUGUGUCAUGACACCAGCUCUAGAUCCAACGACGUGUUUUUUGCUGUCUUGGACUGCCAGAUUGGUCAUGUACCAGGCGUAUUGGCUGGAAUUCGUUUGAUGAGGAAGGGUUCCUCAGGAAAUGACUUUAUGAGAGUCGACACCUCCCAAAUCUUCCAAUUUGCGCGAGUCGAAAAAGAUGGAAGCAUCGCCGUCGAAGGAUUUGAUCCAACAAAAGAGCAGACCCAGAUUGUAGAAGUGAGAUCACGUGCCGUAUUUCGAAACUGGGCCCCGAGGACUAUUCGAGUUCUACAGUCUUCGCCACCACAGCUCCCACCUGGAUUCUGGCUCGUUCCGCCGCAGAACAUCUCUUCAGCCGCGAUCUCAGUCCAAACGGCUUAUCCAGUGAAGCACUGGGAUGCACACACCUGGCUGAUGCAGCCUCCCACUGCCGAUGCUCUGACCCCCAAGGUAGGAGCUGUGCAGCUCAAAUUCAACGGGAAGCAGUAUUCUCUCAUCUUCGGAGUCGUGAAUACGCGAGAGGGAAUGAAACCUUGGUGUGCGCUUGAAGAGAGCUCUGGGCGUGUCUCAUUAGAGCAGUGGUUUACUCAAUUCAAGGCCCAGGUGGACAAGCCAAAUGGUGGUGCUAAACGAUCGCCCAACGUUGAUGUCACGGUCCGUCUGGCGAAGGUCUCAGGCCAUGAUAUGUAUAUAAUGCAGCUGCUUACACGAUAA